AAUUACUACCAAUUAAGAAAGUAUAGAGAAUUAAGACUGGGCCUUUGGUCGUUUGGUCCGAGUCAGACUAUCAUACAAUUCCAAGAACAAUAUUUACCCAGUCAACAAACAACACCAAAAAUCAAGAACCCCAAAAUUGAUUCACCAAAUUCUUACUUCCUCUGUAAGUAUAAAGAAAGAAAGAGCAAUUAUAUCUCAAUUUCCAUUAAAAAUUCAAACUUUGUUUUGGGGGAAAGUGAAGAGAGCGUGUGGGAAUAUACUUUAUUUGUAAACCCCAUUUUGGCAGUGGAAGAGGAAAGUUGAAAAAGGUGGGGUUUCUUUGAUAUAAUUUAUCUUUGCAUAUAGUUUUAAGUCAAAAAGGUUCAAACUUUACACAUGGGUUUGAUUCAGAUAUUUGGUAAGAAGAAGCAGUCGAAAACGGCUGGUUCAACUAGUUCAAAGAAAAGUGAUGGAGGAAGUAAAAAGGUUGGGGUAUCAGCUAAUACUGUUAUUUCAGCCCCUUAUUCUGUGUCAGCUUCAACAGGGGAUAAAUUUAUUCGAUAUGGAAGUUUAAAGCUUAAUGGGAAUCUCGUUGCAGCUUCUUACGAUGCAUUGCCUAGUUUUAGGGAUGUUCCCAAUUCUGAGAAACACAACUUAUUUAUUAGGAAGCUUAACAUGUGUUCUGUUUUGUUUGACUUCACUGAUCCUACAAAGAACCUUAAAGAAAAGGAUAUCAAGCGACAGACGUUAUUGGAGCUUGUGGAGUAUGUCACUUCUGCAAAUGUAAAAUUUACAGAAGUGGUGAUGCAAGCAGUAGUAAAGAUGGUGUCUACAAAUUUGUUCAGGGAACUCAUGCCCCAGCCUCGAGAGAGCAAGAUGUUAGCCUUCGAUGUGGAAGAGGAUGAACCUGCAAUGGAUCCUUCAUGGCCACAUCUGCAGAUUGUGUAUGAGUUCCUUCUGAGGUUUGUUGCAUCACCCGAAACUGAUGCAAAAGUUGCCAAAAAAUACAUAGAUCAUUCCUUUGUUCUCAGAUUGCUUGAUAUUUUUGACUCUGAGGACCCUAGGGAGAGGGAGUACUUGAAAAUAAUACUGCACCGUGUCUAUGGGAAGUUUAUGGUACACCGACCUUACAUCAGGAAGGCUAUUAAUAACAUAUUUUAUCGUUUUGUUUUUGAGACUGAAAAACAUAAUGGGAUUGCGGAGCUUCUGGAAAUUCUUGGCAGCAUAAUCAAUGGGUUUGCUUUGCCACUAAAAGAAGAACACAAGCUUUUUCUUGUCCGGACAUUGAUUCCCUUGCAUAAACCCAAAUGCUUAGCCAUGUACCAUCAACAGUUAACUUAUUGUAUGACACAGUUUGUGGAGAAAGAUUGCAAGCUUGCUGAUACAGUUAUUAGGGGAUUGUUAAAGUAUUGGCCAGUAACAAAUAGCUCAAAAGAGGUCAUGUUCCUUGGUGAGUUGGAGGAAAUCUUGGAAGCUACUCAACCACCAGAUUUCCAAAGGUGUAUGGUGCCGUUGUUUCGUCGAAUUGCUCAAUGUUUGACAAGCUUGCAUUUUCAGGUGGCGGAGAGGGCUCUAUUCUUGUGGAACAACGAUCAUAUUGAGAAUUUGAUAAAGCAACACCGAAAGGUGAUAUUGCCUAUCAUCUUUCCUGCACUGGAGAGAAAUGCCACAAACCACUGGAAUCAGGCUGUUCACGGUUUGUCACUGAAUAUUCAGAAGAUAUUCUAUGAUCUUGAUCCUGAGCUAUUCAAGGAGUGCUUGCACAAGUUUCAAGAAGAUGAAUUGAAGGAAGAUGAGGUUAAAUCAAAACGUGAAGCUACUUGGAAACGAUUAGAGGAACUUGCUGCCAAAAAUACUACAAGUAAUGAAGCUGUGCUUGUGCCAUCCUCCGGGCAUUCUCGAACUUAAUAUUAAGAUAUGCUUGUUCUUCCUUGUUCUUAAUUUUCAUAAUUCUGGUUAAAUUUACAUUUUGGAAGCAAUGAAUUUAUCAAGGCGAAAAGGGAUUUUGUGUGUCAUUGCCUUUUUUUCCCUGGUCAGUUUCACCCUGAUAGCUGUAGUUGUAAUUAUACUUUGUUUAUAUGUGUUAACUUUGGCAAUUUGGAGAUGGUAGGGGAGCAAGUAUUUUUUUAUCAAAAUUAUACUUCGUUGAA